UGUUCCGUAAAUUAAAUUGACGUCGUUGAAACUCUAUACGAUGCUAUGUGCUGUGAAUUCCUGGAUUAGAUGGUAAAACAAACCUUUAAAUAGUGAUUUUGUUUGACAAUACUUGCGUCACUGUCGUUGUCAACAGUGUUAUAAUGCUUUGAAAAGAAAAAUAAAUUGAAUUAUUAUGUAUUUUUAUUGUGAAAUACCGUGUCAACUGUUUUUUUAACAAAUGUGCAGUAGUUAUGUGAAACCUUAAUCGAGGACGACUUAAUAAUUUACAGGAGGCUCUAAAAAGCCUUCAAAAUGAACAUCAUGAGAAAGUUGAGGAGUGGUGUUACUAACACCUCUUCUGUCUCCUCAUCUGACCUAUCAGAUGGACCUUCUUCUCCACACACACAAUUGGGGCUGAUGCAUCUCAAAAAACUUUUUUCUGAAUAUACUCACCCUGUUCAUCCUCUCACAGAUCGAGAAAAAGACGACAAACUAUACAAUAUGUUGCCUCUUUUUUGUAAGGUGUUUGGUACAAGUCCGACUUCUGAUAUGAACGAAAAAUUUUGGGAUAUCCUAUCAUUUUGUCACGAAGUAUCUCUUCUAAUGGUAUCAGAAAUAAGUAAGAGAGCUUCGAACCAAAGUACAGAGACAGCUAGUUGUGCCAUUACGAAAUUUCUUGAAAUCGAGAACUGUGAAGAAUCCAGUAAUGGCUGGAUGCUUCUUUCCACCUUAAACUUAUUAGCUGCCGGAGAUUAUACAUUAGUACAGGUUAUGUCAGAAGUAUCUGUACCAUCUACAUUGGUGAGAUGUUUGUAUCUUUUCUUUGAUUUACCUGAGAUAUCAGAAAAAGAAGCCGAUACCAAAGAUAAUAAUAGUGAUUUUACUCCAAAAGAAAGAAGAAUACUUUUACAAAAAAUGUUUGUUCAACUUUUAGUUCGUUUAUGCAGUCAUAGGAUACCCGCUGAGGAAUUAGCAAGAAAAGAUGACUUAAGAUUAUUAUUUACGUCAAUCACCACUUGGGUUUUACCAUAUAACGCUAUGUGGAGAAAAAGUGCCGCAGAAGUUUUGAUGACUCUAUCACGACAUGGAUUAACACCCUUAGUAGUUGGAUAUAUCCAUUCAAAAAGUUGCAUUGAUGAAUGUAUCCAAAAUAUGAAAAAGAAUCCUGAACUAGCUCCUUUCGAAUUGGUGGAAAUGUUGGUAACACUUUUCUGUUUUCUCAAAGAUUCCAGUGAAGUGUCUUCUACAUUAUUAGACGAUUUUCGACAAGCUCAAGGUUAUCCCUUCCUCUCUGAUUUUCUUCUAAAAUUUGAAAAUGAUAAUUCCAGUGAAGCCCAAGAAACAAUAAGAAAUUUGGUAUUGAUGAUAUCGUCUUUGUGCAUGUGUGGGUACUUGGAGUUGAAACCAUCUCAGGCAUCGACCGGAUCUUUAUUCCAGAUGCAAGGUUUCAUUUUACCCCAACCUUCUGGUCGAGGUACAAGUAUUAGAAACAUUCAAGCGUUUCAUGUUCUUCAAAGCGCUUUCCUCAAAUCGAAUUCUUCACUUUUAUGUUCGACUAUAUUAGAUGCCAUAUCGAGUAUAUACCAUUCGGAUAACGCUAAUUAUUUCAUUUUGGAAAAUCAAAAUACUUUGAGUCAAUUUACCGAAAGGAUUCAAUACAAACCUGCAGAUAUACAACAAAAACUAUUUGAUCUCAUCGAGUUUUUGGUUUAUCAACUGAAUUUUGUACCGUGCAAGGAAUUAAUUUCCAUGUCGAUAUUUUUGAAGACGCACAGUUUGAAUUAUGUUGAUUGCAGUCUUUUGUGUAUGCAGACGUUGUUGAACAUCUUGAAACACAAUCCGAUAUUCAAAGACGUAUACAGAGAAGUGGGUUUAUUGGAAGUUAUAGUUACUUGUUUGAAUCGGUAUAGGGAUUUGCUGGAAGAUAAAAAUAUUACUGAUAAUAUGGUUAAAGAUCAUAAAUUAAUUUCCAAACAAGAAAAAUUGGGAACAUUAACAGUAGAAGCAUUGACUAUAUUAUUAACCAAUAAUAGUUCGAAUGCGAAUGUUUUAAGAGAGUGCGGUGGAGCUAAAUGUGUCCAUAAGCUAGUCCAGUUUCCGGAAUGUCGAAAAGCCAUAUUAGGUAUUAUUAAAGAAUUAGUAUUAACUACAGGAGGCGAUGACGAUAUGGGGCAAUUAUUAAACACCCUACAUUCAGUUCCUCGUACCCAACUGCAGCUUAAAAUCGACAUUUUGGAAGCUUUAAAGAUAUGCUUGAAAGAAUCACAUCGUACCAGAACAGUAUUUCGAAAAGCUAACGGUUUUGUGUACGUAAUCAGCGUCCUUAUAGCUAUAGAAGGACGAUUGUGCGAAAAAGAAACCGAUCCUGAAGUAUUGCAACUAUUGAGUUUGGUAUUUCAAACGGUUAGUACGGCGAUGAGAUUCGAACCGGCGAACGCUAAAUUUUUUCAUCACGAAAUAUGCAGAACGAGUCUAUGCGACAGCAUCAAAUUAUUGGGGUGUUUUUCCAAUGAAAAACUAUCGAAAAUUAGCGAGAUCGAUUUCGAGACGGUGUCUAACGAAUAUGUGGAAAUAUAUCAGAAUUUGUUUAUCGGUUCCGUCACUAACGUAGAAUUUCCGGAUAAAAUAUCGCCAUCUUUAGUAUAUACUAUUGUAGUUUACAGGCUUUUAUACGAUUUAGCUUUGGAUUUGUUCGAUAAAAAUAUUAAUACAAAUAUAUUUUAUAUGAAAUCUCCAUCGGUAUCUAGGGAAUCCAGUUUACAGGGGGAUGGAAAUAAAAAGAGGUCGAACGUCAAUUCUCUAAAUUUGAGUCCUCCAACUCCUGACCCGAUAAUUGUUCAUCCCGGGGUGGUAGUUUGUAUGUUACAAUUGUUACCUUGUAUAAAAGAUGAUCACUUCGAAAUGUACCUGAGUCUCCAAUUAUUUAUAGCGGAAAUAAUAAAAUCUUUAGUACGUAGCGAACGAAAUCAACAAGUAAUGUGCGAUAAAAACUUCGUGAAUCACUUACUCACCGUCGGUUCGGAACCACUCCAAAAUGAGAAUCAUCCCUUGCACAAUUCCCUUCAAUACAUGCUUGAAAGAUUGGCAGCUCAAGCGAUUGAAGCCAAAGAUUUGAGACAGUUUUUAAGGUUAGGAAAUCCGUUGUGUUGCCUUCCGUUAGGUUCUAACGAACCCGGCGGUUAUCCGGUUCCAUUAACCAGAAUAAAAACUUUAGUAUCGAUGACGACUCCUAAAGAUUUUCGAGCGCAAUCUUCUUAUACUUCACCGCCGUUCGCCGAAUUCGAUAUGUCAGCGGAAGGCUUCGGUUGUCUUUACUUACCCAGCAUAGCUCCGCAAUCCAUUUCGACUCCUAGCGUCGUUUCCACUGUAGACAACACCGUCUUAGGUGGAAUAGGUGUUGGCGAUAGAAUGUUUCCUCCCCAGACUGGUCUAACGUAUUCAUCUUGGAUAUGCGUCGAUAAAUUUUCCGAUCCGAGAUCAGAUCCUCAUUGCGUACGUUUAUUGACUCUAGUUAGAAAUUUCAGCGGAGCUCGCGAAGACAAUUUAGUUUGUCUAUCGAUAGUAUUAUCGGCUAGAGAUAAAGCUAUUAUAGUAUCGACACAAGAAACCCACAUACCAAAUCACGUGGGCGAUUGGGAACCGGAAGGUACCGGUGAACACGGAGCUAGAGUAUGGUGUCCGGAUAUAUUACAAGAAGGUCAAUGGCAUCAUUUGGUGAUAGUAUUAAAUAGGGCUGUAUUGAAAAAUUCGUCGUUUUCUUUGUAUUUAGACGGACAACAAAUACAUAAUCAAAAAAUGCAUUAUAUAUCACAAAAUCCCGGAGGCGGUUCUGCGAAUUUAACAGUGGCAUCUUCUGUUUAUGGAUAUAUUGGAACGCCGCCAGCUUGGAGACGGUAUUCUAGGUUAUGUUGGAAACAAGGACCUUGUCAUCUAAUCGAAGAAGUUCUCCCACCGAAUACUGUUGCUCAUAUGUAUCAAUUAGGACCUCAUUACAUGGGCUCUUUUUUAGCGCCGAAUUUGAACAAUCCGGACGUAGGACCUCUUGUAUCUGAGGAAAAAGUGGUAUUCGGAUUGAACGCUAAAGCAGUUUCCCAAUUAACGUUGAAUAAAAUAAGAAAAGUGUACAGUAGAACAGACAAUAAAUCUAUAGCGAAACAAUUGGGAAUGUCUAGUCAUGAAAGUGCAACACCUAUAAGAAUACUUCAUAAUUCGGCUGGGCAUUUAGCUGGAUCUGCAAGAACUUUAGGAGGUGUCAUUAUCGGUUAUUUGGGUGUAAGAGUUUUUUGUCCGAGACCGGUAGCCGUAACAAUAGACGCAGUCGGAGGAUGUUCAGUACUUCUAGGUCUAAUCGCAAUGGCUCAAGAUGUAGAAAGUUUGUACGCAGGUGUAAAAGCUUUGGUAUGCGUGGUAAAGAGUAAUAAAGUAGUUCAUGCCGAAUUAGAUAGAAGAAGAGGUUACCAGACGUUGGCUAUGUUGCUUAGAAGAAAACGAAACCUAUUAAAUUCCCAUAUACUCCAUCUCACUUUCAGUUUAGUAGGUACCGUAGAUAGCGGUAGAGAAUCAUCUGCUAUACCGAACAAAACCGCUUUCCAAGAUUUACUGUGCGAUCUGGAAGUUUGGUACGAAGCGCCAGGAGAACUUCUUCGAUCCCAUUUAGAACAUUUAUACGAAUUGGCGGCCGAAUCGAACGAAAAACGAAUCAACUGUCGCGUAAUGAGGGAAUUACAUUUAGUCGAAAAAUUAUUGUACAUAUGUCCUGAUAUAAAACAUAACGCUACAAGACAAAUUUUAUUUUCUUUGUUGAGCGUGUUGUUGAAUAAUCAACCGAGACAGAACGAUUUGUUACUUUUCGGACAGUUUAUGGCGUCCACUUUACCAUCGAAUUCAGAGGAAACGGAAAAACGUUUGGAACUUCGAGAAGGUGAUAACGAACGGGACGGUGAAGGUGAACACGUUUUAUUAAGGAACAGAUGUCUUGGGUUGUUACAUACGAUGAUUUUUUCGAGUAGAAAUCAUAUAGGGGAGGAAAUCGUUAAAACGUUAGGAUUCGAUUGGUUGUUGUUGUUCAUGCAACAGAACGUACAUAAUACAACCGUCGUAUGGGCCGUUAGGUUAUUAGUCGCGAUUUGUUCGAAUACGACGCUACUUUGUCGUUUUAGAGAUGGUAUGAACAAUGGCGGUUGGCUUCGGUACACCGAUCAAGUAACCCACAACAAAAUGGCAGUAGUAUUAGGUAACCAUUUAAACAGCAUUCAUUGCAACGAUAUCAAAUCGGAUGCUCUCCUUAUACCGGGAUUCAAAUUUUUGGGAUGGUUGUUACCGUAUCAUCUAGAAAUACCGGAAAUAUAUUUCUUGCUUACUGCAAUGAUGAUGGGUCAACCAGCCAAACUAUUAUCAAACGAAACAAAAUUCGAUCUCGAUACAGUUUGGGCUUUUUUGUGGGGCGGAUCGAUCAAUAAUCAAACGAUCAAUAGUGUUUUACCUCGAGUAAAUUUGUGUUCCGAGGCUGUUGUUGCUCUUUUAACGAUGGCCAAAGCUGUGGUACACUCCGAAGAGGGUACGUUACCUCGGUGGUUACAAAGUCAUCCAAUAUCUAUAGUACAGGUAUUAUUCCAACUAUAUCACAACAUGCCGGAAUUUAUGCCGAUAUUUAUGUCUUCAGAAGUCUUAGGUGCUCUUACCAACGUCUUAUUUACAUCAUCCGUUAUGUCUGAUAGUAUAGAAAGUAGCGGAGCUUCUACACCCGCUUGUGAUGAAACCGAUACGCUGAUUAUGAUGUCCCGAACACCAGAUGAACAAACUCUAAUCAAUCACCCCGUUAGACAGUUCAUAAUAGAUUUUAUAAGGGUUAUUGUUGUGGAUUCCCUUAGUUUACCGACAACUGGUAAAAACGCCCCGGUUAUAGAUUUGGUUUUGGACGCAUACCCCGAAAAUUCAAGUAGCAAUCAGCAAAUUUGUUACCAAACGGAAAUUUUGGUAACUUUGAUGGAUCAUUUGUUGGCGGCGGAUAUGCUGGUAGGUGAUCAAGCCGCUAUACCGAUCGUACCUCUCCCUAGUGCCCACAUACAGAAUAUAACUCCAAACGUUUAUUAUUUAACAGCUAGAAUAGUAGACAAGUUAUGGCAAGGGUGUCUUACUAGAGAUCCUCACGAAGUAUUCGAUUUCAUUGUGAAAUUAAUAGGACAAGCUAAAAGGAGAACAGGAAAUAUAUCAUUGGAAAAUUUGUAUCACAGUUUGAAUAGGAGCAUUCUAUUUUUACUAAGUCGACCUACGGAUAGUAUCGCGGACCAAAUGUCAGUUUUGGAAGCUUUACAUAAACUCACUACAAAUAGGUUAAUAGUUUUUGGAGCUGGAAAUCACGAACUGGAUUUUAUUGCUUGUUUAACUUACUGUCUACUUCAAUUAACUUCGGAUAUGAAAAUAAUGUUGGAUAUAAAUAUGAAAACUACUUGGCACGUGAAUCCGAGUAGCGAUUUGGAAUCUCGAGACGAACAAUUAAAUUGUCACCAAGGAAGAAAUUUAAUGGCCGGUGCUGCUUUGCGCGUUUGGGAAGAACUGUAUGUCUGCAAAAAACCGGCUAUAGAGGAAGUUUUCAAAGUCACUUUGGCUCAACCGCAUCAAAAUUCCAAAGCUCCAGAUCUUCUAUUAGUUAGGGAUCAAGUUUUUGAUUCCGCUACGAAAUUGUGGUUAAACUACAUAGACGGAGAACGGAAAGCAAUUUAUCGAGUUCCAUUCGAAUUUCACAACCAAAUCCAAUCGAAAAUUCAUAAGGUAACUGGAGGAUUGACACGAUUAGCUAGCAGAACAAAAGUAAAAAAAGAAGAAACGAUUAAAGUUGCCGUUAGGAUAAGUAAAAAGCAAGCGUUUAAUUGGACAUGUGCGCACAUCAAUUUAUUAAAAGAAUUGAUGGAAAUGAGAAGGCAGCAACAUCAGAAUACAUCCCAGCACACCCAACGUUACGUACAUCAAGAGUGGCUUCAAGCUGAAAACGAUUUAACUCGAGAGAGGGGUCUUUGGGGACCGCCGGAACCCAACUAUUUAGAUAAAUGGAUGUUGGAUAUGACGGAAGGACCUCACAGGAUGCGAAAAAAGACAAUGAGAAACGAUUUAUUUUAUUCUCAUUAUCCGUACAGAAUUGAACAAGAAAAAGGAUUAUUAAAAUACAAAGUUGCUACCAGUUACCAUAGCAAAGAAUAUUAUAAUGCUAUCCAAGUGAGAAAACAUUUGGGCGUAUCCGGUAUAAUGGAACCCGAAAGAUCCGACAGUGUAGUGGACGAACCUUCGCCUCUACCUUACACUCCAGCUCUUUCCCAAUUGGCUAGGUUAAGAUCGGACGUGGAAGAUCAAGCAGAAGAGGGAGAAGGCGAAGACGAGUCUUCUUCGCAACCCGACAACCAAACUUUAAUGAGACUACUAGAGGCCAAUGAAAAAGUAACAUACAUGUUCAGAUGUGCGAGAAUUCAAGGAUUAGAUACGACCGAAGGGCUUUUACUUUUCGGACAAGAACACUGUUACGUUGUAGACGGUUUUACUUUGUUGAAAAAUAGAGAAAUUAGAGAUAUCGAUAGCGUGUCGAUGAAUACGAAUGAAUACGAACCGAUUGUACCGAACCCGGGAUCUCCUAGAAGAUCUAGAGCUAUGCGACAAUGUUCCAAGUUUUCAUAUGAUGACAUAAGGGAAGUUCAUAAACGGCGAUAUUUACUGCAACCGAUGGCGUUGGAAGUAUUUUCCGGCGAUGGAAGAAAUUAUUUAUUGGCUUUCCAAAGAAAAAUCCGUAAUAAAGUGUACCAAAGAUUCCUGGCUACUGCUACUGGUAUAGCUGACAGCGCUCAACAGUCAGUCGCCGGUCAAAAGCGCACCGCUAAUGUUGAACAAGCUACCGGAUUACUGAGCAAUCUCAUCGGCGAAACGAGCGUCACGCAAAGAUGGGUGAGAGGAGAAAUAUCGAAUUUUCAGUAUUUGAUGUACCUGAAUACAUUGGCAGGCAGGUCUUAUAAUGAUCUGAUGCAAUAUCCAGUUUUUCCUUGGAUACUCGCCGAUUACGAUUCAGAAGAAUUGGAUUUAAACGAUCCGAAUACGUUUAGAGAUUUUACUAAACCAAUGGGAUCUCAGAGUCCUGAACGACUCGAGCAAUUCAAAAAACGAUUCAAGGAAUGGGAUGAUCCCCACGGAGAAACACCCCCUUAUCAUUACGGUACCCAUUAUUCGAGCGCCAUGAUCGUGUGCUCUUAUUUAGUUAGAUUGGAACCUUUUACGCAGCACUUUCUCAGAUUACAAGGUGGUCAUUUCGAUCUGGCCGAUAGGAUGUUCCAUUCUGUUAAAGAAGCUUGGCUUUCUGCUUCCAAACAUAAUAUGGCGGACGUUAAGGAAUUGAUACCGGAAUUCUUCUAUCUUGACGAGUUUCUUUGUAAUUCCAAUCAAUUCGAUUUAGGUGUGAAACAAAACGGCGUUAGUUUGGGAAAUGUAAUUCUUCCUCCUUGGGCGAAACAAGAUACCAGAGAAUUUAUAAGGGUGCAUAGACAAGCUUUGGAAUGCGAUUUCGUAUCCCAGAAUCUUCACCAUUGGAUCGAUCUGAUUUUUGGAUACAAACAACAAGGGCAGCCCGCCGUCGAUGCUGUUAAUGUAUUCCACCAUCUGUUUUACGAAGGCAACGUGGAUAUUUACAAUAUCGAUGAUCCCUUAAAGAAGAAUGCAACUAUUGGAUUUAUCAAUAAUUUUGGACAAAUACCCAAGCAACUUUUCAAGAAACCUCACCCAUGUAAAAAAAUGUACGGCAAUAACAAUAGAUCGUCAGUAAUCGAUACCGGAUCUUUAGUACAAGCUUUCACGUUACCCCAACCAGAAAAAUUGUUUUUCCAUCAUUUAGAUAAUUUAAGACCGUCCCUGCAACCUAUCAAAGAAUUAAAAAAUUCUGUCGGACAAAUACUUCACGUGGAUCGUUCAGUAUUAGCCGUCGAACAGAAUAAAGUUCUCAUGCCGCCAACUUACAAUAAAUACGUCGCAUGGGGAUUUGCCGAUCAUUCCCUUAGGAUAGGAAAUUAUGAAAGCGAUAAGGCCGUUUUCGUUUCCGAAAAUGUCGUACAGAACAACGGGGAGAUAUUGGCUUGUGUUUGUCCGUGUCCGAAGACAAUCGUUACCGCCGGCACCAGCUCAGUUGUAACCAUAUGGCAAUACGAAGCUCGAAGAAAAACCAUGACAAUAAAACACAGUUUGUACGGUCAUACCGAUGCUAUAACGUGUUUAGCAAGUAGUCCCGCUUACAACGUUAUUAUAUCCGGUUCUCGGGAUUGUAGCGCGAUCAUUUGGGAUUUAUCCCGAGGGGUAUUCGUUAGACAGUUGCGCGGUCACGCCGGACCGGUCGCUGCCGUAGCUGUCAACGAUCUUACCGGAGAUAUCGCUACUUGCGCCGCCACUUGGUUACACGUUUGGAGUAUAAACGGCGACGAUUUGGCUAAUGUGAAUACGUGCGUUGGUACCGCUGAUAGAAUGCAGCAGAUUUUAUGUGUUGCGUUUUCGCAGACGCACGAAUGGGAUUCACUUAACGUUAUAAUGACCGGAUCAACAGAUGGCGUGACUAGGAUGUGGUCAAUCGAUUAUGUCCAAGUACCGGAUGAACAAAGUACAAAUUCGAUUAACUCGAAGCCUCCCAUUGAACCAAAAUCGCACUUAUCUUCGAAAUUGGGUGAAUCGAUUACAAGACCAUCUUCGAUACACCAUCGUCUAGUGAAACAAAUCAACGUAUCAAGCAAUUCCUCAUUAGGAAGUUCCGGAAAUUUGUUGAAAUCAGGUUCGGAGAGCAGUCUUUCUGAGGAAAAUACAAGAAACUCAGUAGAAAAGCAGAUGAGUAACGAAAGCUCUAAAGAAUGGAGAAGCGGACAACAAGAUGAAAAAGAUACUUGUAGUGAUACAGAGGAAUGUCUACCUCCGGUAGCACCGGCUAGAAGAAGGAGAUCUAGGGUACAUGCUGGUUUAAGAAAAAGUGAAGGAGGUCAUAGUGCAGAUAAUGCUGUCGUCGAUAUAGACGAUGGUUCAGGCUUAAGAACCAGUAAAUCUGAUACCAGCCUUACGGAUUCCUUUGUUAUGAUUUCCGAAACGAAAAAGAAAUCUCCGAAUCCACUGAAUUCUCUAAGACCAGGAUUCAAAUGGCAACGACAACUUGUUUUUAGAAGCAAGUUAACGAUGCACACCGCUUUCGACCGAAAAGACAAUACGGAACCCGCUUCGGUUACCGCUUUAGCUACUUCAAAGGAUCACCGUAGCGUUUAUGUAGGGGAUACCAGAGGUAGAGUUUUCUCUUGGAGCGUUUGCGACGUACCCGGAAGAGCCGCCGAUCAUUGGUUGAAAGACGAGGGUGCCGAUUAUUGCGCCGCUUGCAAUAUAAAAUUCAGUAUCUACGAAAGGAGACAUCACUGUAGAAAUUGCGGCCAAGUUUUUUGUUCAAAGUGUAGUAAAUUCGAAUGUGAAAUAUCGAGACUUCGCAUUUUGAAACCCGUCAGGGUAUGUCAGAAUUGUUACGCCGCUCUUAAAGCUGAUAAAUCUUAAUUCCAUACCAAUAUAAGUAUAAUAUAAGAGAGCCCUCUAUUGAUAAAACAUAAAAAUAAUGGAUGUAUGUUAUAAUGUGAUCAUCAUACAACAGAUAUAGAUAGGUACAUAUAGAAUAUCGCUCUUGAAAUAAUGAUCAUCAACUUCGUAUGUUUCCAUUCCUUUUCAAUCCUGUACCUUUUGGAUUCGGUUCCCUUUAAAUAUGGUCCUUUGCCUUAGACGCCAAUCCGUUAUUCCCAGAUCCAAUAUGAUUUAUAAAAUUGAUGUUGAGGUUAGAGUUGUACCAUUCAAUAUGUGUGUUCCCUAGAAACUUUUAUAGAUCAAAUUUUUGUUGUAUUGGGUCUUCCAUUAAGCACUUCCUAUAUUUAAAUAAAUUAAUAUGGGUGUGAGAUAAAAUUGACGAUCUUAUCAUUGAAAUGUCCACCGUGGAUGAUUCUUGAGCUGAAUUUGCCCUAUGAUAUAGAAUAAGUUAGUUUUGAAAACCCCUGAGAUUCAUAACUUAUUCACAUAGACCUGCAGCUCAAUAAAACUCCAAAAGAGUAGGUCAAAUAGCCUGAUCUGAAACUAUAUACUGUUGGGUGUCGAUAUCGUCCACUCAAGUUCAAAAGUAGUGGAUAUCGGCGACCUAUACUGAAUUUUUAAAGGAAAUGUGAACCAAUGACGCCGCCAAACAUAAAUCUACAACAAAAACUUUUCUCGAAUGCGUUGGUCGCUUUUGGGUCUUACGAAGAUAGAUAUUAUCCAAGAGAUUCUUUUUUUGAUGAUAUUUCAACUGUUUUAAAGCUCAUUCGGCCAUCUAUGGCCGUUUACCAUUAAUUUUUGGAUUAGUUGAAUUUUGUACGGGUGUAUGCUUAAAUUACGACUCAAACAGUGAUGGUGUCGCCAAAAUCAUAGCUCCUGGUGAUUACCCAGAAAUAUCUCAGAAAAUAUUGUGGGCUUUUGACGUGUGGUUCAUUGUUUAUUGACCCAGUGCACUUAAAUUUAGUCAUAACACUCCGAUAAAUUCUUCCCUCUCCAUUGAGGAGUAGUGUUAAAACAGAAUACCCAUCGUGCACCGUUUCUGCAACAGAAUAUUCAUCAUUGAGUUUUGUCAGAACAGAAUACUCAUUGUGGAACAUUCUUAAAAAAAAAUAUCCACCAUGGACCAUUGUCAGAAAAGGAUAUCGAUUGUGAAACAUUUCCAUAAUAGAAUUAUUCAUCGUGGAGUAGUGUAAAAACAGAAUAUCCAUCAUAGACGAUUGACAAAAUCGUCCAUCGUGUACUAGUGUCAGUACAUAAUACCCAUCUUGGAUAGUUUUCAGAACAGAAUACCUAUUGUGGACUGUUUUAAGGACAGAAUACCCAUCAUGGGCCAUUAACAAAACAGAAAGCAAGCGCAAGAAGGUAAACCCGUCAAUGACUAUUAAUUUGCUAGACAUAGCUUCGAUAAAAUGGCAGCUGUCAACUGUUAAAAUUCGAAAGUCCUUAUUGGAAAACCUUCAUUAUCGACUGCCUACAGUGAGCCGGUUAAUAUAAUCAAUACUCUGCAAACGAUAUAUCCUAAGGUCCCUAUGGAAUAUAAUCUUGUAAUUAGGACAAUUUACAAUUGAAAACCAAAAAAAAAAGAGAUUAUGUUAGUUAAAGUACGUUAGAAAGAAAUUUCGAUGAUGAACGGUGUUUGGUAAAUUGUCACUCAUCAGAAAAUCUAAAUAACGUGGUAGUAUCAAAAUUAGGCCAAUAAUGUCAUCUGUUUGAGCAUUGUGAAUAUUAAGCUUCAGGUGUUGAUUAGAUUGAGCUGUGUAAGCCAAAUUUUUCACUGAAUAUAUACCGAAGUGAUGUUCCUGAACAUUCACUAUCGCAUAUUAUUUCGAUAUUAAUUUGAUUUGCUUCUUUUUUGAUGAGUAUAAGAUUUAGCAUCAAUGUAGUGAUAACGAAACUGACUAAUUUCAUUUUUUGUUCAUUAUAUUUUAGAUAAAGUUGAAUUGACAAAGAUAAAAUCGUACAAUAUAAAAAGAAUAACCUCGAAAAUAAUCAAUUGAUUCAAAAUAAUCAUCUAUUUGUUGCAAAUUUAUAAAUCAGGGCAAUAGCAAUUUAAACCUACUUUAAAAUGAUCAAAACCUAGUCAAAAAACCAAAGAAAAAUGUUUAUAGCAAUUUGUAGAUGUAGAAAAAGCCGUGAAUAAAGUGAAAGAAAACGUAAAUCGCUGAUAUCAGAGGAAACAAUUCUUAAAAGUGUGAAAGUAGAAAAAUUCUAAAAUUUAAAAAAAACAUCAAAAACGUAUUGAUUGUAUUAACCGGUAACCGCUGCUUAAACUCUGAUCAAAAUAACAAAUAUUGUGUCAAAUAAUUAACAAAAAGACAAACCUUUAUUGUGAAAUCCAUUGUAGUGUAGCAUACCGUAUAUUUUCCACAUAAUAGUUCGUAUCUACCUAAAUAGUUCUAAAACGUAAUAUAGAUUUUAAUUUUUUUAUUGAAUUCCAUAACACACCCGUUAUUUUACAUAAUUUAUCUAUUAACAUAGUGAAAACACUAUUCACUAUUACUAUACCAACACUGUAUGGUCCUUCGAGCCGGUUAUUGUAGGCUCGAAGCAUCAAAUUCUGUAAAAUCGAUUGUUGGUGUAGAUUAUAUUAAUUUUUUUAAUAUUGAAUUUAUAUUUAUAGUCUAAACUAUUUGUGUUUUUAUUUUUGUUAUAUAAUUAUUGUUGUAUUAGUAAAUUUUAUACUAUUUAUAACGCUUUAUAUUUAUUCAUAAAUUAGUUUUCUAUUCUACAUAUUAUAUAUACCCCUUUUAUCAAUUUUCUACGUAUUUUAAAUGUUUUAUUUAUUUUAGAUUUUUUAUAUUUUUUAAAUUUUAAACUUUCUUAUUCUAAUUUAUGUAAUUGGCAUUGUCCUGUUUAUAUUUACUUCAAACUCUCUUUUAAUUUUUUAGACCCAAACAUACAAUGCCACUUGGCGAAUCAAAAUACAACACUGAGAAAAAUUCUACAACUGUGGUAAUUGUACCUAAAAGUAUAACAAGUUUAAUAAUUUUUUUUGCUCACAAUUUUUUUAUUUUGUCUGUCUUUUCAUACUCCUCAAACUUCAACUUCGAUUUUUUGUAGUUUCUAAUAUUUUCCUCUAGUUUCUAUUCGCAACAUACAAAUUUACAAGAAUCAAUAAUGAAAAAUUAAGGUAUUGGAGGUGGAAGGUGAAAAAAAUUGGAAAAGAUGACAAAAGAUAGAAAAUAGUAAGGAGAAUGAGUAUUAGAAGGAUCGAAACCCCCAUUAAACACUAAAAAAAGCAAUAUUUACAAUACUCAAUGAACAUUUGAAAAGUAACAUAGAUAAAGAAGAAAAAGAAGAAGAAAACACUAUUAGAAAGCAGAAGAAAAAUUUAGGAAUAAAUUGAUAGACUCAACCAUUGAAUUAAGAGUAAAAGAAAAAUCACUUGAUUAAAAAACAUAGAUAAAAUCAAUAUAAAUCAUCACGAAAUGUAUAUAAGAAAGUCUGAGAAGUAAAACGUUAAAGAAAAUCAAUUUCUUUCUUAAUCUUCUCUUCUGCUCUUUAGUUGUGUUUUCUUUCUCUAUCUUCUUUUUAUCGAUGUUACUUUUAAUGAUUUUUCACGCCAAUUCAUAUAUUUUUUCUUUAUUGAACCUUGUUUGGUUACUUUUUUGAUAUAUCCUAUCUACAACCCGAAAAUUAUCACAGCCCUCCAACCCAACAACCAUUUCAAUUCAGAAUUUUCUUGUAAUUUCUGUUUUAUUUUGUAUCUUCGUUUUUUAUCCUACAUACUUUAGUUUUCUUUUGAUGUCUGAUGAAAAAAAUUAUGUAUAAAAACUUGAUAUUUAGUUAUAAAAAAUAAAAAUAAUAUUCUUAACCUCAAAUCUGUAAAAACGCUUUUUUUUAAUAGAAAAACCAAAUAUUAAUGUUAUAAUUACUACAAAUGAAAAUUUGAAAGCUUGGUAUCAGUUUUAAUUUUUCGAAAAUCUCUACUUAGAAUUAUAUUUUUAUUUUUUUUUCCGUUUUUACUUAUUUUAUAUAAUAUAUUAGGAGAAAAAUCGUUGCCUGGGUAUUAUUUAAUCUAAAACAAAUGUAGAGAAAAGCUUGUGCAAAUGUGUACGUUUAAGUAUGUAAGUUGUAUAUAUAGUACUUAAAAAACCACGAUUCAUCUAAAAUUUACAAUUUUAACUGUCUUCGCUUGAGAAUUUGGUAAAAUUGAAUUCAAUUUCAAAUUAUAAGCCAAAAAAAUCUAUUUUAGUGAAGUAAUUUCACACCAUUUUGUUAACUAAGAGACAUAAGUUCAAAGGUAUUAGUCAGGUGUCUAGUAGAUGGCCCCUUAUCAAAGCUGAUACUAUCUCACCUGUCCACCUCCAGAAUUCUAAUUGAUUCUAGUAUCUGUGCUAAAUUCAAGAUUGUUGGAACCUUUCCUAUCAAAGAUUUCUUAUCUAAAAACUAGAAAUUUUUCUAUUUUAUUCUAGAACUGUACUUUUUUCGUCUUGCCACGGAAUCUAGAUACUGAAGUCAUUUGGUGUUAUCUGAGAAAUGUGUAACUUUGUUUUAUUGAAAUCCAGUCUCUAGUUACCAUUUAUUUCUGUUUAUCUUCUUAAUUCCUUCAACGUUUCUUUUCAUUUUUACUUCCAGUAUCUUAAUCUCCUCUAUUAAUUUGUUUAUUUAUAUUCCCCUCCAAUUUUCAAUCUUUCUUUUUUAGAAUUUCUUUGUUUUCCUUAUAUCGUGGGUGUUGGUGUAGUGGUAGUUUAAACAGAGUGUUCAAUAUGAAUAUUUCCAACGGUUUCCUGCUUACUAGUCUUUCUUGUUAACAUUUCUCCCAUGUUCGUUUUAUCUUUUUAUUUCCAUUCAAGUUUUUUCUAUUUUUGUCUUCAGUAUGUUAAUUGUUUCUUUAUAUUUUCCCUCACUUUCUAAUUUUUCCUUAAAACACUGGAAAAACUUUUUGGAGUUGCAGUCCAGGCACUUAAUCCUUUUAAUUUCAUUCCCAAAUUCUAAUUAUUUGGUAUCGCCAUUUUUUCCUAAAUCUCUCGAUUGACUUUUUCUCAAUCCCUCCAUACCAAAGUACUGGAGAAUUUUUUUAAGUGAUCCAGACUCCUCUAGAGUGCUUCUGUUUUGCUUUCCUUGUUAUCUUUUCGAGUUUUGAUGGAAAGUUCCAGUCUCUUGUUACCAUUUCUUCCUCGUUCAUUUAAUCUUCUUAAUACUUUCUUAUUUUAUUAUAUUUAAAUCUUAAUUUUUCAAUUCCUCAACGGUAUCGAAACACUGGAUAAAUUUUUUGCAAUUGUAGUCCAGGCACUUGAUCUCUUUAAAUUUAUUCUUAAAUUCUCAAUAUUUUGUCUUUCCACUUCUUCUUAGAUCUCUCCACCGGCUUUUCUAUUUUUUUUCUCAAUCCAGGCUUUACCAAAGUUCCGGAGGAUUUUUUGAAAUGAUCCAAACUCUUCUAGAGUGCUUCUGAUUUGCUUUCCUUCUUAUUUUUUCCAGUAUCUUACUAUUUCUUUCAUGUUCAUUUUAUGUUCACUCCCACGCUUUCUUGGACGUGCAAUCAUGGUUUUACUGGUACUAUGAAGAUUCAAAUUUGCUCUAUACAGCUUGGAAUUAUCUAUAUACCAUAGAUAUCAAUUUGUAGCUUUCGUAAGACCUGUUUUGACCCAUUAAUGUAAUGGUAAGUUGUGAUCAUGGUUUUUGUUGUAUUAUAUUAUCGAUUUAAAAUAAAAUUGAUAUUAUUUUUGUAUCCAAUCGGAGUACAAGGGAGAUGUGCACAAGCAUCUGUAGACAAUAUACAUGUGCAUUAUAGUGCAUCCUGAAAUAUAUUUCUGUAUAUUUGAUAUAUAUGUAUGUGAUAUUAUAGAUUCUGUAGUCGAAUAGUGUAUAUAUAAUUUGUCUUAAAUUAAUAAAGGAAGUGAAUCCUG